AUGGCCCAAGGAAGAACACGCAUACUGAAACCCGGGGUGUAUGCCCCGCUGCCUACCUUUUUCGAUGAGAAUCAGGAACUCGACUAUGGCAGCUACCAGAAGCAUUUGCUGAACCUUGCCAUGAAGGGAAUGGUUCCCGUGUGUGCCGGCUCCUUGGGAGAAGCCGUUCACUUGAGCUUCGAUGAACGAACCGACUUAAUUCGUUUCAUCCGCGCCACGCUGGACGAGGCCGGACUGAAAGAAACCCCCAUUGUCGCGGGGGUAGGCGGGCUCAGCACACGCGAGACCAUAUCCCUAGCCCGCGCAGCCGCAGCAGCAGGAGCUGACGCCGGCAUGGUCAUCCUGCCCGCAUACUACGCCGCCAGCCUCAACACCGACGCUAACCAAAUUAUCCAAUACUACGUCGAUAUCUGCGAAGCAUCCCCUAUCCCAAUUCUCCUCUACAAUUUCCCCUCCAACGCCGGCGGCCUCGACAUGUCCUCCUCCACCAUCCAAUCCAUCAUGGAACGAUCCCCGAAUCUCUGCGGAGUAAAACUCACAUGCGGCGGCAGCAUCUCCAAACUCAUCCGCCUCACUUCCACCAUCAAAUCGAACGCAAGCAUCAACUCCUCCCGCCCCUUCCCCUUCCUCCUCCUCGACGGCCUAAUCGCCGACCUAACCCCCUGGAUGCAAUCCGGCGGACACGGAACGGUGAGCGGAAUUCCGAAUUUUGCACCUGUAGCAUCGAUGAGACUUUGGGAGUUAUUGAACGUGGCGAAUCCGAGUGAGGAGGAAGUGCUGGAACGGGAGAACUUGCAGGGUGUGUUGUCGAGGGCAGAUGUCGCGGCGGUGCCGGCGGGGGUUAGGGGGAUGAAGUACGUGUUGAAUAAGAUGCAUGGGUAUGGGAAGGAUCCGAGAAGGCCGUUGUUGCCGCUGGGAGAGAAGAAGGGGGAGGAGUUUAUGGGGGCGUUGGGGGAGUUGUUGGCGUUGGAGAGGGAGAUGACUAUGAGUACAUAG